AUUAUAUCCAGGUAAUUCUAAUACAGACUGAAAUGUUGUGCCAACUGGAGCUUAUUGGCUCACAGAAAUUAUUUGAUGGUCUUUCUCACUAAAACAAAAUUGCAUCUGACAUCUUGUUUCUGGUUGUAUAAGUGUAUUCAGCAGCUUUCAUUAGCCGGAUGGCGAAGAGAUUUGUACUCUUACCAAACAGCUGUUUUGAUAGACCAGGCAUGGCUGAGCAUUUGUGAUGGAGGAGAGAGAACGAUAGGGAUGUCUACAAAACCCCACUAUUCUUUUUCAUAUUUUUUCCUUCCCUCAUUCUUUCCUCCUCAUAUCUGCCCUAGCAGUAGAAGGAAAGGAGGAGGAGACAGAAGAAGGAAAGGGGAUGGGGAGCAGGGAUCUACAGGAUAUAAGGAGCCUCCACUUGCCUUUAUCUCUUCAUAUCUGACUCAUACUUCAUUCACUGCUGGAGAAGCUCAUAACACAGAGAAGCUAUGAGAACCACAACUCUAGGGAUGCUGUGUGCUCUGAUGUGCGUGCUGGCUGCUUGUGCUGAAGUCACACCUGUUACAAACUUCAACCUACAGAGGAUUGCAGGCAAAUGGUACCUCGUCGGCUUUGCUACCAAUGCUCUGUGGUUUGUGAACCAGAAGGCAGGAAUGAAGGUGGGCACUGCUGUGUUAGUGCCAACUGAUGAAGGAAACCUGGAUCUCUCUAUUGCAAACCUGAAUGCUGAUGGUACCUGCUGGAGAAUGAAGUACAUUGCUAACAAAACUGAUACUCCUGGACAAUUCAUCUUCCACAGCCAGAUGUGGAACACUGACAAUGAAAUGCGCAUUGCAGAUGUCCUGUACAAUAACUACGCUCUGGUCCACAUCAUCUCUACAAAGAAUGGAAUAUCUGAGCUCCUCAGCAAGCUUUACAGUCGCACUCAAGAAACCAGUGUUGCACUGCAGCAGAGGUUCACACAGUUCUCUCUGGACACUGGCAUCCUCCCCGAAAACAUUGUGAUCCUGCCUAAAAAUGCUGAGUGUCCUAAGCACUGAGAUGUACUCUGCCAACCUCCAUCUCACGCUGACUGACGUCCCAGGCUUUCAUCUCACUCUUAUUUUUCCCUCUUACUGUGAUAAUAAUAAUAAUAGUUUAUUUGUGAUGUCUGCUGCAUCACUAAGCUACACAAUGAAAGUCAAGCAUUUUAUUCCUUUCUCUGUUGCAUCAAACAUCAAUCUUGUUCCUAAUAUAGACCUCAUUCUGUCAGAAUCACACGUUUACUGUGGCAGAGUGGAACAAUGAAGGGCUGAUAGUGAGCCAAAGGGAAGGACUACAUACAGUAUGACUGAAACCAUUUUGUUACCUGGUACUGUUAUGACUGUGAUUAUAUAGCAUACAUAACUGUUAAUAUGGUGCUAUGACCAUGAAUAUCUUCUUCCACUUGUGUGACAUGUGCUUCAUACUGUAAAGCCUUCUGUGUCUGAACAUGUCUGCAAGACAAUGUACGUGUUAACAUAAAAGUGAUGCAUAGAAGAAGAGGUUUUAAAGAUCAGACACUCUUUAUUGAACUCAAUAAAACCUGGAUUAUGGU